GCUUCGUAGUUGUCAACAGACGGACAUGGUGGAUUCGUGCCCUCGCGAGCAGCUGAUCGCUCCCUGAAUUCGAUGAGAUGACAGCGCUGGCGAUCGGACCCUUUUCGCUCAUCAAUAUCUGACAGAAGCCAAGUCAACAGAUCAACAUGGAAAACAUUCUAUCUAAAGAGGACUAAAUACAAGUUUGAUGAACAUGCAUCAGAUAUCAAUCAUUCCACCCCGAGACAUUAAUUCCUUAAGAAUCCAGAAAAAUAAAGCAAAAGAAAAAGAGGAACAGAAUGAGAAGACAUUGGGGCGUUCAGUUAGCCGUUCCAGUAAUAUUUCAAAGGCUGGGAGUCCAACCUCAGUUUCUGCUCCUAACAGCUUUCCUCGGACAUCAGUAACUCCGUCCAGUCAAGACAUUUGCAGUUCCAGUCCUGUAUUCUCUGAAUGUUGUCAAAGUCCAGUACAGUCUGCAGUUUUCUUGAAAACCCCGCACUGCCAAAGUUCUAGGACACAAGGUGUCACUGUGACAAUAAUAUCGCAAGAUGGUUUUUCAAAGACAAAUCUUAAUGCUAAGAACUGCAGUAGCCCCUUCAAAUCAUCUAAGGCCAAGCUGGCCUUUCCCUUCUCAAAAUCACUAAAUGAUGUGGACCAGAAAGCCCAGAAUAUAUCUGAAAGCAGUGAUUAUGUGGAGCGUACUACCUCGGAAGGACAAUUACUUCCAAUUAAAGAUCAUUGCCUCGAGAUGAACAGAUUUCAGGAAAAUGGAGCUAAGCAUAUUGUUCCCAUUACUUUGACCAACUCUAAUGUUGCUCAUGGACGGGCUAUUUCUCCCACCUUAAGUUUCCUAGGAGCGAACAGUAGUCCUGAAUGUGUAUGUAUACCUCUUAUGGAUGAGAAGGCCGACAGCGAGUCCUCUAAAAGCAAGACCCUGCUGCACUAUAUAUUUUCUUUCUCUCCAAGUUCUAGUGCUCAUAGUUUACAAAGGUUCCAGCAGAUUGAUGGCCUCUCUAGAAGUCUACAUGCAGGUACAUUUUCCAGUAUGCUUUUGGGAAGCACAGACCUCUGUUCUAAUGAUAUAGGAGAUGAUGAUGUGUUUGAGGACAGUGCAUCUCUCCAAGAAAAUCUUCAAGAACAAAGAGCUCCGCUGUGCUCCGUUGAGGACAGUGAUCUUGAAUGUACUUCUCCCUAUUCAAAAAAAAUGCCCCCAGCAUCCCCUAUUUCAGCUUCUGGGGACUUAUGCAGGAUAUGUCACUGUGAAGGUGAUGAUGAGAGUCCUCUGAUUACACCCUGCCAUUGUACAGGGAGCCUUCACUUUGUGCACCAGGCCUGCCUGCAACAAUGGAUCAAGAGCUCAGAUACACGAUGCUGUGAACUCUGCAAGUUUGAGUUCAUCAUGGAAACCAAACUGAAGCCUUUAAGAAAAUGGGAAAAGCUGCAGAUGACAGCGAGUGAAAGAAGGAAGAUAUUGUGUUCUGUAACAUUCCAUGUCAUCGCAAUAACCUGUGUGGUUUGGUCGUUAUAUGUACUGAUAGACCGCACAGCAGAGGAGAUCAAGUUGGGCCAAACAACAGGUAUUCUGGAAUGGCCAUUUUGGACAAAAUUGGUGGUAGUUGCAAUUGGCUUCACUGGUGGACUUUUGUUUAUGUAUGUGCAAUGCAAGGUGUACGUACAGUUAUGGAAACGACUAAAAGCAUAUAACAGGGUCAUCUAUGUUCAGAACUGUCCAGAAACUUGUAAAAAGAAACUAUUUGAAAAAACUGUAAUUAUUGAGCCCAAUCUGGACAGUAAAGAAGUUCUUGGAAUUCAUCACUCUGACACAAAUUCUUCAUACUACACAGAACCAGAAGAUUGUGGGGCAGCUAUCCUCCACGUUUAAACAUUCUGUCCACUUUUUCUUCCGGAAACGUUUGUUUACCUUUCACUGACUGCAGUGGAUUUGACGAUAUUCAGCAACACGUUAUGUUUUCCUGCAGUUGAACCCAAAUGUACCGUAUGCAUUCUAAAAAUCAAAAA